CACGCAACAAGCUGUUUUAAAGCUGUUUAUUUAGUUUAGUUAAACUUAUUAGGUCAACCCAAGUUCCCAAGUUCAAUUGUAUAUCAAAGAAUAAUUAUUUAUUAGUCUAUUGUAAAUGCGGCUCCUCAAGCCGGCUUGGGUGCAUCACGAUGACAAACAGAUAUUCUCGGUGGAUAUCCAUCAGGAUUGCACAAAAUUCGCGACCGGCGGCCAGGGCAGCGACUGUGGACGCGUGGUCAUCUGGAAUCUGCUGCCGGUGCUCUCCGAAAAGGCGGAAUCGGAUGCAGAGGUGCCGAAGAUGUUGUGCCAAAUGGACCAGCAUUUGGCCUGUGUCAACUGUGUGCGCUGGUCGCAGAAUGGCCAGAAUCUGGCCUCCGGCUCCGAUGACAAGCUCAUCAUGAUCUGGCGCAAAUGUGCGGGAUCGAGCGGCGUUUUCGGCACCGGCGGCAUGCAAAAGAACCACGAAUCGUGGAAAUGCUUUCACACGCUGCGCGGCCAUGAUGGCGAUGUCCUGGACUUGGCCUGGUCCCCAAACGACAUAUACUUGGCCAGCUGCAGCAUUGACAACACGGUGAUCAUCUGGAAUGCCCAGGCCUUUCCCCACUCGGUGGCCACUCUAAAGGGACACACGGGCCUGGUGAAGGGCGUAUCCUGGGAUCCGGUUGGCCACUUUCUGGCCUCGCAAUCGGACGAUCGCAGUGUGAAGAUCUGGAGCACGGCGGACUGGAACCUCACGCACACGAUAACCGAACCGUUUGAGGAGUGCGGCGGCACCACGCACAUCCUGAGGCUCUCGUGGUCACCGGAUGGCCAGUACCUGGUCUCGGCACAUGCCAUGAACGGCGGUGGCCCCACUGCACAGAUCAUCGAACGCGAGGGCUGGAAGUGUGACAAAGAUUUCGUGGGUCACCGCAAGGCCGUCACCUGUGUGCGUUUUCACAAUUCGAUUUUGAGGCGUCAGGUCAACGAUGGCAGUCCGUGCAAGUCGCUGCAAUAUUGCUGCCUGGCUGUGGGCUCGCGCGAUCGUUCCCUGUCCGUGUGGAUGAACGUCUUCCAGCGGCCCAUGAUCGUCAUCCACGAGCUGUUCAACGACAGCAUCCUCGACUUGUCCUGGGGCCCAAAGGAGUGCCUGCUGAUGGCCUGCAGCGGUGACGGCAGCAUUGCCUGCUUGAAGUUCUCCCAGGAGGAGCUCGGCACGGCCCUCUCCGCCGAGGAGCAGAAUAACAUCAUAACGAAAAUGUAUGGCGCCAGCUAUGGCAACGGUCACACGGCACCCAUGGAGCAUCCGCAGCGUUGCGGCUCCAAACCCGUCAAGUUCCCGUCCAGCAGCAGCAGCAGCAGCGAGGCCAACCAGCGGCCCAUUAGCAAACAGACGGAAACGAGGACCAAGGAUGGCAAGCGAAGGAUCACGCCCAUGUUCAUACCGCUGCACGAGGAGGGACCUACAUCGCUGAGCACGCACAUAGUGUCCAGUAGCAGUGGAUCGGCGGCGACAGCACUCACAUCCAGCUCGGUGGCGGGCGGUGCUGUUACGUGUGCGGCUCCAACGGAGGGCGCUGCCACGCCCCUCAUGCCACUGGAACCACUGGUGAGUAAGGCGGAUUUGGGUCGCCUGGAUUCCCGACUGAAGACGCAACCCGCCAACCAACGCCGGCAAUCGCUACCCUUCGAUCCUGGCCAGAGCAGUGAAUUUCCACGUCCGCCGCAACUGGAGGAGCACCAAAGUAGCACCAACGGACCCAGCAACCUGAACGUCACGGUCAAUGGCAAGAGUGAGUUUGUGAAGGCCGCCCUGGACUAUCGUGUGCAUGUCCAGAAUGGCUAUCUAAAGACAAAUCACGGCAUGCUGGCCAAGGUCACCGCCUCGGAUUCCAAGGAAAUGCUGUGGGAAUUCUUCGUCGGAUCGCCGGUGGUCAAUCUGAAUCUGUGUGGAAAAUACGCCAUGCUGUGCUCCCUGGACGGGAGCAUGCGACUGAUUUCCAUGGAGACCGGCUGCCCAGUUUUUCCGGCCAUCUCGCUGACCAGUUCUGCAGUGCACUGCGCUUUUAGUCCGGACAACAGUUUGGUGGGUGUGCUGACCGAGUGCGGACUGCUGCGGAUAUGGCACAUCGCCAGGAAGGUCAUCAGCCUGGCGGCGGGCUGCAUGGAGCUGCUCAAUAAACAUGGCACGGCCGUACAGUUUUCGGUUACGGAUCAGGGCAUGCCGCUGAUUGGAUUCCCCAGCGGCAACUCGUACUCCUAUUCGACGAGCCUGGAAUCGUGGCUGGUGCUGGCCACCAAGGAUGCCAUCAUGUACCACGGCAUCCGGGGCACACUGCCCAGGGACAUGGACCAAAUGCAGCAAAAGUUUCCCCUCCUCAGCAUGCAGGCCAGCAGUCAGAAUUACUUUUGUUUCACUGGCGGCAUGGAGCUGAGGAAUGCGGAGAGCUGGCAGCAGAGUGCCAAAAUCAGGUUUAUUGAGAACCAGAUCAAGCUGUGCGAAGCCCUCCAAUCGCUGGAUGAACUGCAGCACUGGCACAAGGUGCUCACCUUUCAGCUGGCCACCCACGGUUCCGAAAAGAGGAUGCGUGUGUUCCUGGACGAUCUGCUGAGCAUUCCAGAGCCGGGUUUAUCACCGUUCGUGCCAAAGUUGGAGUUAAUGCAGUGCGUUUUGGACACGCUGAAGCCACAUUCCGAAUGGCAGCGCCUGCACUCGGAAUACGUGGAGCUGCUGAGGGAGUGCAAAUCUGAAAGGCAAAAGGAUAUCUUUGCCACGCCCGCCAUUCCACAGUCCAAGGCUGCCUCGUCGGCUGAAUCAUCUCCGGGCGCAGGGCCCACUGGAGAUGAGGCAGCUGGAGAAGAGGUGACUGAAAAAGAAGUGGCACCCGAAGAAGGAUCACCAACGAUUGUAACAACUGGCACUGGCACUACGAACACCACCACAACCAGCAGCUCCGUAUCAUCCUCAGGUUCAUCCUCCUCCAAUUCCGGUUCCUCCUCAUCUUCCUCAUCCUCAUCCUCAUCACUGUCAGCGCCCCCGCCAGCGCCUAGUCUGUCGCCCGAGAUCUAAGCCCUAGAAUUGGCCAACGUCUGCAUGGAUGAGCUGUUGUCGUCGGCCCCAAUUUCCAUCUACCUCCGUUGGACACGUUCCCCGUACAAUGAGGAGGAGCUGCCUCCACAUCAGCGGGAGCAGCUCCAGUUUCCAGUUCCAAAGCCGCUGAAACAUUUCAAACAUCAGAUGAAAGAAAGACUCCUAUCCCUAAAAACCCUUUUCAUUUCGGUUUUUCCUCUGUAAGCUAUAAGCGUGUAAGUGUAAAACCUUUUGUACCUAAUCAUAUUAGGAACUUUGCAUUCUUCCUGCCCAAAAAAAAGAGAUCAGUUAUGUAAAGCAUUAAAAUUGAGUGAAAAUUGAACUGAUAGAAACAAUUA